GAAAGGGGCUCAAAAUGGCUUCUUUGACCCAAAAUUUGAUCAUGGUUGGCAGCAAAAUGGCUCAAAAUGGCUUUUUCUACCCAAAGUUUGGUCAUGGAUGGCACCAAAAUGGCCUUUCUACCCAAAACUUGAUCAUGGUUGGAACCAAAAAGGCCUUUCUACCCCAAAUUUGCUCAUGGUUGCCACCAAAGUGGCUCAAAAUGGCUUCUUCUACCCAAAAUUUGCUCCUGGUUGGCAACAAAAUGGCCUUUCUACCCCAAAUUUGCUCAUGAUUGGAACCAAAAUGGCACCAAAAUGGCCAUUCUACCCAAAAUUUGCUCAUGAUCAACACCAAAAUGGCUCAAAAUGGCUUUUUCUACCCAAAAUUUGCUCAUGGUUGGCAGCAAAGUGGCUCAAAAUGGCUUCUUCUACCCAAAAUUUGCUCAUGGUUGGCACCAAAAUGGCUCAAAAUGGCUUCUUCUACCCCAAAUUUGCUCAAGAUUGGAACCAAAAUGGCUCAAAAUGGCUUUUUCUACCCAAAUUUGCUCAUGGUUGGCACCAAAAUGGACUUUCUACCCAAAGUUUGCUCAUGGUUGGCUCCAAAAUGGAUCAAAAUGGCUUUUUCUACCCCAAAUUUGCUCAUGGUUGGCAGCAAAGUGGCUCAAAAUGGCUUCUUUGACCCAAAAUUUGCUCAUGAUUGGCUCCAAAAUGGCCUUUCUACCCAAAAUUUGAUGAUGGUUGGCACCAAAAUGGCUCAAAAUGGCUUUUUCUACCCAAAGUUUGGUCAUGGUUGGCUCCAAAAUGGCCUUUCAACCCCAAAUUUGCUCAUGGUUGGCACAAAAAUGGCUCAAAAUGGCUUCUUCUACCCCAAAUUUGCUCAUGGUUGGCAGCAAAGUGGCUCAAAAUGGCUUCUUUGACCCAAAAUUUGCUCAUGAUUGGCACCAAAAUGGCCUUUCUACCCCAAAUUUGCUCAUGAUCAACACCAAAAUGGCUCAAAAUGGCUUCUUCUACCCAAAAUUUGCUCAUGGUUGGCACCAAAAUGACCUUUCUACCCCAAAUUUGCUCAUGGUUGGCUCCAAAAUGGCUCAAAAUGGCUUCUUUGACCCAAAAUUUGCUCAUGGUUGGCACCAAAAUGGCUCAAAAUGGCUUCUUCUACCCCAAAUUUGCUCAAGAUUGGCAACAAAAUGGCCUUUCUACCCCCAAAUUUGCUCAAGAUUGGCUCCAAAAUGGCCCAAAAUGGCUUUUUCUACCCAAAAUUUGCUCAAGAUUGGCACCAAAAUGGCCAUUCUACCCCAAAUUUGCUCAUGGUUGGCAGCAAAGUGGCUCAAAAUGGCUUCUUCUACCCAAAAUUUGAUGAUGGUUGGCAGCAAAGUGGCUCAAAAUGGCUUCUUCUACCGAAAGUUUGAUCAUGGAUGGCAUCAAAAUGGCUCAAAAUGGCUUCUUCUACCCCAAAUUUGCUCAUGGUUGGCACCAAAAUGGCUCAAAAUGGCUUCUUCUACCCCAAAUUUGCUCAAGAUUGGAACCAAAAUGGCUCAAAAUGGCUUUUUCUACCCCAAAUUUGCUCAUGGUUGGCUCCAAAAUGGAUCAAAAUGGCUUCUUCUACCCCAAAUUUGCUCAUGGUUGGCACCAAAAUGGCCUUUCUACCCCAAAUUUGCUCAUGAUCAACACCAAAAUGGCAUUUCUACCCCAAAUUUGCUCAUGGUUGGCUCCAAAAUGGCUCAAAAUGGCUUCUUCUACCCAAAAUUUGCUCAUGGUUGGCUCCAAAAUAACAUUUCUAUCCAAAAUUUGCUCAAGAUUGGCACCAAAAUGGCUCAAAAUGGCUUCUUUGACCCAAAAUUUGAUCAUGGUUGGCAUGAAAAUGGCUCAAAAUGGCUUUUUCUACCCCAAAUUUGCUCAUGGUUGGCUCCAAAAUGGCUCAAAAUGGCUUCUUCUACCCAAAAUUUGCUCAACAUUGGCAACAAAAUGGCCCUUCUACCCCAAAUUUCCUCAUGGUUGGCUCCAAAAUGGCUCAAAAUGGCUUUUUCUACCCAAAGUUUGGUCAUGGUUGGCACCAAAAUGGCCUUUCUACCCCAAAUUUGCUCAUGGUUGGCAUGA